CCACCGGAAGAGGUGCCCUUAUAUAGAGAGCGAAAGGGGCGGAAGUGGGCGCGAGCCAGCAGCAGGGCAGGGAACUAUCCGGCUCCCGGAAGUGACGUUUCAUCGAGGCGGAAGAGCGGGAGGAAGGUGCAGGGGGCGGCGGUGAGUGCGCGGCGCGCGCUCCUGCCAGCGGAGGAGCCGCACGGCCGCCAUGGCGGGGCGCCGGCAGUGCCGCCAGACGGCGGCCGGGCGGCGGCGGGGCCAGGGGCCGGGCGCCGCGAAGAAGGAGAGGGCCGCGCCGCGGCUUCGCGGCCGGCAGAGCGAGGCCGGCGCGGCGCGGGCGGCAGAGCUGCUGCGGCGGAGGCCGGGCCUGGCCAGGCUGCGAGACGACGCCCUGCGGCGGCAGCGCGCCUUCGAGCGCAAGGGCGUGUCCCCGCAGGCGGCGGAGGGGGCGGAGCCAGACGAGCCCCGCCCCCGGGGCGAGGCGUCACUGCGGCGCUACGGGCGGGAGCUGCGCAAGGUGCUGGCCGCGUCGGACGUGGUGCUGGAGGUGCUGGACGCCCGCGACCCCCAGGGCUGCCGCAGCCCCCGGCUGGAAGCCGCUGUGCGCCGUGCUGGCCCCUGCAAGCGCCUUGUCCUUGUCCUCAAUAAGAUCGACCUGGUGUCCCGCGAUGUGGUGGCCAAGUGGCUCAAGUUCUUGCGGGCUGAGUUCCCCACCGUGGCCUUCAAAGCCUGCACGCAGCAGCAGAGCCGCAACUUGAAGCAGAGCCGGGGGGCCGUGGCCACUGUGCCAGAGGAGGUGCUGGCCGGCGCGGGCUGUGUGGGUGCCGACUGCCUGCUCCAGGUGCUGGCCAACUACAGCCGCUCACAGGAUGUCAAGACAGCCAUCACCGUGGGCGUCGUGGGUGAGUGUUGGGGGGAGGGGUUCGCGGAUGCCUGGGCCCUGCCGCUGAAACCCUCCCCGCGCCGCCCCACAGGGUUCCCCAACGUGGGCAAGAGCAGCCUCAUCAACAGCCUGAAGAGGAGCCGGGCCUGCCGUGUGGGGGCGCAGCCAGGCAUCACCAAGUGCCUGCAGGUGGUGCAGCUGGACCGGCGGCUGCGGCUCCUGGACUGCCCCGGGGUGGUGGCGGGGGGGCCCGGGGCCGCUCUGUGCGGGGGCCUGGGCACCCGCCACUCCGCCGACCCUCUGGGCCCCGCUGCCGCCAUCCUGCGCCGCCUCCGCCCCGACCAGGUGCGGGAGCUGUACGGGGUGCCCCCCUGCGAGGACCCCCGGCGCCUGCUGGCACUGCUGGCCCGGCGGCAGGGCCGCCUGCGCCCCGGUGGCCUCCCCGACACCCGCGCUGCUGCCGCCGCCCUGCUGCGCGACUGGACCAGCGGGAAGAUCUCCUACUACACCGUCCCCCCCGAGGCACCGGCCGCCCCCACCACGCUGGAUGCCUGUAUCUUGCCAGCCCUGGCACCUGCCCUCGACUUGGAAGCGCUGGAACAGGGCGAUGCAGAGGCCCUGGCAGCGCUGCCAGCCGUGGCCGGUGGUGUUGGCCUGGCUCCCUGCACCCUGGAGGAAGAGGAGGCCUCAGGUGCUGAGGACGAGUGUGAGGAGGAGGCCAUGGAGGAUGAUGGCAGCAACCUGGAGUUUGCAGCUGUGACAGUGGAGCUGAAGCCUCGGCCGAAGGCCGCCGCUGCUGCCCCAGUGCGACCUCCUGCCACCCCCCGCCUGGAGGAUGUGGCUGCCCUCGACCCGCUGCUGCAGGGCCAGGCGCUGCAGGCCGCAGGCAAGCGGAGGCGUAAGUUGCAGCGGCGAGCAGAGAAACUCGCCACCAAGCUCUCGGAGACACUGACAGCUGCCAUGCAGUUCUGAGCACCGCCCUGGUGUGCACUGCCCUGGCACCUUCUGCUACCUCCCCAGAGAUUUAUUUUUCACAAAAGUUAUUUUAAAAUACUGUGUUUGAAAUAAAAGUGUGGAAGCGUC